AGGGCACGGAGGUGGACAAUAAGGAACACAUUUUGGUGGACAAUGACCACAAGAUAUAGGUGGUGUACAUAUUGUAAUCCUACAUGGUGGUGGACACGGUAAACAUGGCGGUGGACAAGGUGCACAUGGCACGCAUGGUGGGCAAGGUGAACAUGGCGGACAAGGCGCGCACGGUGGACAAGGUGGGCAGGGUGAACAUGGCGAACAAGGUGGGCAGGGUGAACAUGGCGAACAAGGUGCGCAUGGUGGACAAGGUGGGCAGGGUGAACAUGGCGAACAAGGUGCGCAUGGUGGACAAGGUGAACAAAAAACCAUGCGAAUGGGAUGAACCACCGUGUCCGCCACCUACUUAUUGUCCAAUUACGAAUUGUUGUGAUCCUUGUUGCGAGCCUGUCAAACGAUGUAAAAGCUAUAAUCUUCGUGCAAGUAUAAUGUAUCGAUGCGAGUGUAUCAGGAGGAAUGGAUUACAAGAUAGAUGCAUGAUGUGGGAUUGUAUGGGUCGACCAGAGUGUAUGACAAAACUAUAUCCAGUUUGUGGACCUGGAACUAGCGCCCUUCUGAAGCUAACAGACUUAGGAGAUAUAAAUGUAGCUCUUAAGAAGUUUCAUUGUGCAGAUCAAGCAAGAGAAUCUGCAUUAGCGGCAUAUUGCAGACUUGUUUGCAAUAACGCUUGUCCAUCACCUGUUUGCCCUCCACCAUGUAUAAGUUGCUGUUCACCUCCCUCUUGUUAUCCACCUUGUCCACCAUGUCCACCUUGUCCACCUUGUCCACCUUGCGGCCCCUGUGAUCCUUGUGGUCCUUGUGCCCCUUGUGGUCCUUGUGCCCCUUGUGGUCCUUGUGCCCCUUGUGGUCCUUGUGCCCCUUGUGGUCCUUGUGCCCCUUGUGGUCCUUGUGCCCCUUGUGGUCCUUGUGUCCCUUGUGGUCCUUGUGGUCCUUGUGUCCCUUGUGGUCCUUGUGGUCCUUGUGCCCCUUGUGGUCCUUGUGCCCCUUGUGCCCCUUGUGGUCCUUGUGCCCCUUGUGGUCCUUGUGCCCCUUGUGGUCCUUGUGCCCCUUGUGGUCCUUGUGCCCCUUGUGGUCCUUGUGGUCCCUGUGAUCCGUGUGUUCCAUGCAUACCAUGUCCACCGCCAUGUCCACCGCCAUGUCCACCACCCUGUUUACCUUGCAUGCCAUGCUGUGCACCAUGUUAAACAGUUAUAUAUGUAGAUAUGUAUUUUAUAUUAUCUCAUGUCAAUUUCAAUAUAAAAAAUUACGUAUUAUAAAUAUGAAAUAGAAUUAAUACAUAUAAAACAUAUAUUCUUUACAUGUACAAAUACAUCAA